AUGCACAAGCUCUGCCUUCUACUCGUGGCCUCCAGCACCUUUUCCGGUGAAAGUAUCGGAUCGAUAACCGGCGGCGACCAAGCGGUUGUUGUCGCGCACAACGCGGGGACUGUGCCACGCGUUGGCGGCGCUUCGUCCGACUCGUCAAAACUGUUGCGGUCUCACGACAGAGCCUUGGACAAAACCGCAUCGACGACUGCUGAUCUAAACCUGAAGUCGAAUGGCUCGACGAUGCCCUCGUCUGAGCCUGACCUUGAGGAUCGAUAUGCAUUCGCGCCUUUGGUAGAGGGACUGGGACCGGGUGUUUCGAGGGCUGCUGCGCACUUGCGGAAUGAUCAAAAUGUUCUCGUUGUGCGCCGAAUGUCAAGAGAGGAGUUAAACCCCGUUCAGACCUCUCUACGCAUCGAACUUAAUCCACGGGACAUCAUUAGUGAGAGGGACCUCAGCUUUUGGACCAAGUAUGCAGAUCGGCAUUUAAGAAAGUUUCGUGGGCGGCCAAAGUUUAACGUGGCAUACCGGGUGUUUAAGGGCGACCGUUCUCCAGACAGGGUAUUCAAGCGACUUAUAUCGCUCGGCGACGCCGGCGAUGAGAAACUUCAGAAGAUGGUCGCGUAUAUGUACAACAAAUUAGCUGAAGAAGUUUCAGCCAAGUUUGGCGACAAAGCUUCUACGUGGAUGGCCAAGAGGUGGAUGAAGAUGGGGUUGCACCCCAACAAGGUCGCCACAACACUUGGCAUUGGCAACAAGAAUCUCGCUUUCACGGGGCUGUAUUCUGCAGCUCAAUGGGUCGACUACGUCAAGAUGUUGCAAAAGAAAAACUCGGAACUUGCCAUUGGCCAAGGAAGAGCGACAGCUCUUUUAAUCAGUCAUUUGAAGUACGACGACAAAAUUUCUCUUCUUCGCAAAGUCUGGCCUGACCAUCCGGGUCUUGCAAGUCGGGUAGAUCGUCGGACGUCGUUCAACGCUGAGUAG